AUGACCAGAUCAACCAUCCGCGCCCCCCACGCAUUCUUCCACCCCGCGCGUGCACAGGUAUUGAGGGCUGGCCCCCAGGGGCGCGUUGUGAUCGUGCUGCCCACCAAGGCGCUGGUCAACCAGGUGGCGGCACAGGUGUACAAGGACUUCGGGGCGGACGACCCCAACGUGUACGCAUUCGUGGGAGCCAACCGCUGCGCUUGCUUGGCGUUCUCCUGGUGUUAUGACUCAUGCAUCACACGGAUCUUCACGCGCGACUUCCGCAUCAAUGAGAUGGGCUGCCGCGUGCUGGUCACGGUGCCGCAGUGCCUCGAGAUACUGGUGCUGUCCCCAGCCAACCCCGAUUGGAUUGAGUCCAUCAAGGCCGCGAUCUUUGAUGAGGUGCACUGCAUAUCAGAAAACGACGGCGGCGACGUGUGGGAGCGCCUCCUGCUCUGCCUGCGCUGCCCCAUCCUGGCGCUGUCGGCGACGGUCGGCAACCCCCAGGAGUUUGCGGCCUGGCUGCAGCGCGUCAAGGCGCUGCAGUGGCGCCAGGACGGCGCGCCCUGCGCCGUCGCCCCCGCGUCCGCUGGAGCGCAGCACGAGCGCCGCGGCGGCGUAGGGCGCGAGCACCCGCGUGCCGCGCCGCCGCAGGCUCUCUGCUCGGAUCAGGUCGCGGAAACUGGUCGUGGCGCGCGUGAUCUGGGCGAUGAGGUGAUGCCGCCGUCCUACCGCGUCGAUCUCAUCCUCCACGAGGAGCGCUACAACGAUCUGCUGCACAGCACCUUCCUGCCGCACCCCCAGACCAACCCCGCAGCGCGCAGCGCAGCGGCGGCCGUGGCGGGCGAUGUGGAUGACGAGGAUGAGGACGCGGACGAGGGUGGGGGCGUGGAGCUGCUGGCUGGGGGCGGCGGUGGCCGCGGAGGGGAGCCGGCAGCAGCGGCUGCAAGCCCAGGGGCAGCGGCGGGCCAGCCCGCGGCGGGUCAGGAGCGGCCGCUGCAGCCGGUGUGGACCGUGGGGGCCGGCGGCGGCAGCUGCGGCGGCGAGGGAAAGCACGGGCGCCUGCUGCGGCUCCACCCAGCCGGCAGUGUCAGCGCGGAGCACCUGGCGCGCGCGGGGUGGCCCAAGGGGCUGGCCCUGAGCCCUGAUGAGGCCCUGGCUCUGUUUGACGCAAUGGACGCGGAGCUGGCGGCCGCAGCGGCAGACGAAGAGGCAGAUCCGGGGGCGCUGCAGCGGGAGCAGCAGGAGAGGCAGCAGCAGCACCAGCCUGCAACAGCGGCAGAGGACGGCGGCGGCGCCGCGGCCGGCGCUGCGGUCGGCAGUGCCGCCCUUUGUGUUGCAGCGAGGGCGGCGUGGCUGACAGAUGCCCGCGCGGCGCUGGACGGCUGCACUGUGGAGGGCAUUGUUGCGGCCCCUGGUGGCGCGACCCCGGGCGACCCGCCGCGGCGCGGGCAUGGUCAGGAGCAGCCGGCGGCGCCGGCCGCGCUGAUCACGCGCCAGGCCGCCAAGCGCUGGGCGGGGCGGCUGGUUGAGCUGCUGGUGUCGUGGGCCAGGCAGGGGCAGCAGGAGCAGCGGCAGCAGCAGGGGCACGGCGGGCUGCUCGGGCCCGAGGUGGUGUCUCGCGUGCUGCGGCGCCUGGGGCGGGGCGCGGAGGAGGCGACAGCGCAGCACGCCGCAGAGUGGGAGGCGGCCAACCCGCGGCUGCCCUUGAACGCCAGCUCCUACCAGCUGCUCAACCUGAUGCCGCUGCUGCGGGAGCUGAGGGAGCGCGCACUGAUGCCGACCAUUGUGUUCCAGUUCCAACGGUCCAUGUGUGAGGCGUUUGUGUCGUCCACGGUGGCGCUGCUGGAGGAAGAGGAGGCACACGCACGCAGGAGGCACGCGGGGCUGAGCAUUGACUGGCGCGGGGGGCAGUACGCGAGGGAGCUUGCCAACAAGCGCCGCGACGCAGAGCGCGCUCGCGAGGCGGCCGAGGCCCUCGCCAGGGCGCGCGAGUCCGAGGCGCACGCCAAACGCAGGGGCGGCGCCCGCGACGAGGAGGGGCAGGGCGCGGCCGAGGGGGCGGGGCCGCCGGGAGGGGCGGCGGCGGCGACGUUCGCAAUCGACGGCAUAGUGUUUGCUGCGGAGGAGCUGGAUGAUGCGGGGCGCGAGGUGCCGGACCCUUCCUUCACGUUUCAUGCGCCAGACAAGGCUGCGAGCGAGCUGUUGCCCGUGUCCAUUGGGGUACCCCAGGUGCUGCUGCACACCGUGGAGGACCUGCGGUCACAGGGCUGUGAGGAGGACCUGCUGAGGGGGCUUAUGCGCGGCGUUGCGGUGCGUGGGGCAGGGGAGUGCAGCGACCAGAGGGACGUCAAGACCGCCCACCAUGGUGGCCUGGACACCAAGUACCGCCAGGCAGUGGAGAUGCUCUUCAGGUCAAAGCACCUCGCGGCGAGGCCGCACACCAGGCCGCCCAAUAGCUUGAUGCACAGGGGCUGGCGGCCGCCCAGGGGUGCGGCGACGGUGGUGGCGGCCACGGGCACCCUGGCGUACGGCAUCCACAUGCCCUGCCGGGCCGUGGUCAUGGCGGGCGACAGCCCCUUCCUGGACGCGCUCAACUACGCCCAGAUGAGCGGCCGCAGCGGGCGCCGGGGCCUGGACCCAAAGGGCCACGUGGUGCACUACGCCCUGCCCCUGGACAGGUUCCUGCUCACCCCCACCCUGGUCCUGCGCAUGCUCCUGCUGCACCGCCAGCUGUCAGACGACCUGGCAGCCAGGGUAGGAGGCGGCGCCGGCGGCACUGGCGGCCAGCCGCAAGCCGCGCCCGCGGCGCGCCAGCUGGGCCCCGCCGCGCGCGCCGCCGAGGCGUCGCUGCUGGCCGCGCGCAGGAGCCUGCUAGCCCUGGUGGAGGAGCCGUUCCUGGGGGCCAGUGACCCGGGGGUGGCGGGGCGGCAGAGGGUGGCGUUUGAGUUUGCUCUGGACUACCUCAAGACCUCCAACCUGUUGAACACCUCGGGCGCGCCCGUGGGCUUCGCCGGGCUGGCCACUCACAUCUUCUGGACCGAGCCGUCCAACUUUCUGGUGGGCCGCCUGCUGGCGUCAGGCGCCUUCCACGACCUGGCGGCCGCCAACGAGUCGGCCGCGGGGCGCCAAGAGGCGUUCCUGCUGGUGCUGUGCCACGCGUUCCUGCGGCAGCGGCUGCAUCCCAUGGCCGUCGCGCACUGGCGGCGCCACAAGGCGGACACGCCCUCCCUCGUGAUCCUACCGUCCCUGCCGGCCCCUGCGAGGGCGGCGGUGGAGCAGCACGAGGCCGGGGCACUGCAGCUCCUCACACGCGCCCUGGCCGCACGCCUGCGCGCCGCGCACAUGGCGGCCUCGGCGGCAGCGGCGGCGACGCCGCAGCCCGGCGUGCAGAGGCAGCAGCACGAGCUGCCUGUGUCCGGCCUGCGCUACAAGGCGGCCGCCGGCGCGCCGUGGGUGGUGCAACAGGCGACUUCGAAGUGCGGCCAGCUGGGCGCGUGGCGGGUGCCGUCCUCUGUGUGCAGCCCCUUCGCGGGGCUCCCAGGCGGCGGCGACGAGUUUGGCUCCGCGGCUGAGCUGCUGGAGCAUGUCCCGCAGGGCGCCGCGCCCGAGGCGGCGGCGCUGCCGCUGCUCGGGGCGGCCGCCGGCGGCGGCGGGGAGCUCAACGCGUACAUCCUGGAUUACUACAAGCACGUCUCCAAGCGCGCCCUCGUGCGCGCGAACGGCAUGCUGGAGGGCGACGCGUGGCAGUCCCUCAAGUCACUGGAAGGCAUCCUGCACGCGUGCGUGCACUGCCUGGAGGCCUGCCAGGCCGACGACAGCGAUGGCAGUGGCGGCGAUUAUGAUGAUGACGAUGACGAUGACAACGGUGCUGUUGUGAGGGGCCCAAAGCCCUCUGGCGGCGGGGUGGCGUCCACACCAGAGCACGCCUCUCUGGAUGCGCAGGUGGUGGCCACGUUCAAGGGCCUUGCGGCGGAGUUCAGGGAGAAGUUUUCGAGGUUCAACGCGCCGUCAGGGGGACGGCGCACCUGA